GUUGGAUAGGGUUUGAGACACCUAGUGCCGAGUGUUGCCCACAAACACUUCCUCUGUUGUCUUAUUUAAUGCACAUGUAAACCCAGCAAACGUGACUUUGUUACAUUGCUACAGAGAGGGAGAAAGCAGGGGAAAUACUUAUCAAGGGUAGUGAUGGUGUGUUUUCAUCGAGAGAGAAACAAUUACAGUUCUUUUUAAACCAGUGUCAGUCAGAGAUGGGGAAAAUCGAAUGGGCUAUGUGGGCAAAUGAACAAGCACUUGUGAGCAGUGUUGUUGUCUUCCUUGGAGGUGUUUUGGCAGUUGCAGGCCAGUUCAAGUAUUGGCAGUUUGGAGCUUAUGCCAUAGCAGCGUCAGCAUUUGUAGCUAUCCUUGAAUAUCCCAGAGGCAAGCGACAGACUGGGAGAACAGUUCAGCGAAAAUUCCAGUAUUGCUUUACUGUGGUUGUGAGAACUGGUGGUCUUAUAACUCGAAACUAUUUUGUGAGAUUUAUACUGCACCUGCUACUCAGUGUAGCUUGCUGCUUUCACCUGUCUACGCUUCUUGGAGGCAUCUGUUUUAUGAUUACAAGUGCAAUAUACUUGAUGGCUGCAUUUAAAGGAGAAGAAUGGACUCCAGUUGAAAAAGAAAAGGACCCAGAAGAAGACAAUGAGCCCAAUAUUAUACCACAACCAAGAAAACCACCACCACGACGCCCACUUCAGACAGAAGCAGAUAAUCAGCUAUGAUAGACACAAAUCAAUUCUGUGAGAAUUAUUUUUGUGUAACACAUACUCUUUGAUAUCCAUAAGUCUGGUAUAAAUCUGCAUAAUGUUUGCAUGGGAUAGAGAGUACAGAGGAAUUACAUAUCACUAUGUAAGUUGAGUGAGAGAGUGUGCAAGAGUAAACAGUAGGAAGCCAGAAUCUAGUUGAUAUCUAUCAUCUGUUUUUGAUACUGUCACAGACCUGCUGUUUUAUUUUUAGCUGGGAAGGGGAUAAGAAAUGGAGGAGGGGGAAAGGUGCAGAAGGCCAGAGAUACUGCUGAGUCAUGAGAUGACCCAGUUUUUUAAUUAAGGGUUGCUGAGAGGUUGAAAUGUGAAGGGUAGGGUGGAAUGAAAAAGAGAGUUUUGUUGUGGUUUAAUUUAAUUAUGUGGUGGUCUCUCCCUAGAUUGGGGGUAUGGGGGCAAUCUCUUUGGUGUGUAAGAGUCCUGACCAGACUUUAGAGGGAAGUUUUUCAAAUUGAACCUGUUCAGGCAAGUCUGUUUUAAAAAUGGUGGUUGAUAUCUUUUGGGUGUUUGUAAAUAAAUGGUGGGAUUUUUUCUUUUUUUUUUUUGAGAGGGUGAUUUAUAGUUUUUUCCUGUAUGAUGUAAAUAGCUGAAAGUAGGUUAUUGUUUGGGGGAAUUCUUUAGUAAAUGAUAUCUCAAUUUUUAAAGACUCGUGCUUUUCUGUCCAGAUUUAUUUUUAUUUCUUCUUUUGGCUGUCUGCUUUAUGUUUAUCCAUGGCUGAAUUGUACCAAGUUUCGGGAAGGGCAGCAGAGUGGAGGCUUCAUUGGGGACUGCAUCAUAGGAAGCGAACAUUGGAUUUUUGAUGGGAGAGAAACUGUGUUAAUUUGUUUGGACUUUGUGUUAUUUAAGGAAUUAAGAUUUUCUUUGGGGUUUUUUUUCAUUAUAAAUGUAUAAUAUUUUGAUUGCUUGUGGUUGAAAAGUUUUCUUUUUCUCAAAUCAUAGUUAUCUUUAAAUUCAACUUAUGUUUUAUUAUCUUGUCAGAAAGUCACUAUAGAUUGUAGGUGACAGAUACUUUACACCAUCACAUUAUCCUUCAGCGACAUCAUGACCUUCGACCUCUCUAACACAGUCCUUGGAUGGCUUGCUUUUGCCUAUUUGCACCCAUUUAGUGUCCAUGGUUUUUCGUCAAAACAUGCUGCUGUACAGGAUUCACUUCUUGGGCCUCUUCUAUUUAGAGCCACUUGUUCCUUUGAUCUGCCUUGUUGGCUUGCAGUACCACAUGCUUGCAUAACCCUAAGUCUGACAUCUUACAUCUGGCCCACCUUACCAUCAUCACACUGUUCACCAGCACUUGGCAAACUCUUCUGUUGAACACCAGAUCGUAAUAAACUAAUUAAAGUUCAAUGAGUGAAAAAAACAGAAGUCACCCCAAUGCCUCUGAACAUGUGCUUAAACAUCUGCCUCCAUCCACAUCACUUACUUUCACUGGACCCACCAUUACUCUUUCCUAGUCUCUCAGGAAUAUCAGAGUAAUUUUCCUUCAGGAAUCUUUCUGUCUAUAAGUCCUUUCUUGAACUGCUGAGGGUCAGCUGGGUUGGGGAUUAUCUACAUUGCUUCCUCCAAGCUGUUUAACUAUACAUGUGUAUGUUAACUAUAUAUAAGUGUAUGUUAACAGUACAUGUAUGUUCUGCCUGAACGUGAUGUUUGUCAUCCAGUCUCAUUCCCUACUGCCUUUGUCUCUUGUUAAGCCCAUCAAGCUUGCUUCCAUGUGAGGAAAUGCAUUUAUAUAAUCCUGUUAUUAUAAUAACUCAUGGAUUGCAUCUGUAAUUGAC